AUGAAGACAUCCAUUUGGAUCAGCCUCGCCGGGACUCUAGUAGCCGCCCAAAGCUAUCCGGGGAAUUACGGUUCCAGCGCGCCUCCACUGGGUCCCAGUGACUGGGAACGCACUCCGGUGUCAGUCUUCAACAAGGUGCUCAACACGCAGCCGGAUCCCGAUUAUGACCUCCUGAAGGAGCUGGUGACCUUCGAUUGCACAUACAUCUCAUUGACAUUCGACAAUCCCACUCUGCACGGCAUCAUGCCCUGGGCGGGUACACACACCCACGUGGGUCCGCAGGCUUUCAUCGACAUCUUCACCCGCGUCGGUCUGUAUUGGGACCGCGGGCCGUUUUCCAUCGAUCACAUCUUUGGAAAUGGCGGCAAUGUCACUGCGUGGGGCUCCUUUACGGCCACAUCGCGCAUUCUGGGCAAGACAGUCAUCUCGCCCUGGGCUGCACGGGCGCGUGUUAACUCCGCCAACCAGAUCUUCGAGUUCCAGUGGAUGGAGGAUACGUUUACCACUGCCUCAUCUUUCGGAUUGGAUAACAGCACGAAAGUGUUUAUUUCGAACCCCGCGGGUGGAAACACCACUGUCUAG